AUAUUGAGCACGAGCGACUGGAAGAUAAACUUCUGAUCCAUUUUCUGCGCGAGCGGAACGGAGGAGGAGAGAUAUCAUCACUCACUAUUAAAGCACCAGAUCCGUGUGCCAUCAUCACCUUUGAAGAUAGCAGAGGUCUCGUCCUCUUUCCUUCUAAAGAGUGGAUGCGAGUGAUGAUAAAUGAAAAUGAUUAGAUGAUUAAAACCAUUUAAUGAUAUAAAGUAACGGACCAUACAAUAAAUUUGAUCACCUCCCAGCACAAGCUACAGAUGCUCUUGAUAUGUAUAAUAAUAAUAAUAAUAAUAAUAAUAAUAAUAAUAAUAAAUGAAAUCAUUAUCCACUGCAUAUUUAAAAUACUACCGCUGACCCAGACAUGUAAUCCAGGAGGGUUGUGACAGGCUAGUAUGUUACCAUCUUGAAGUAUUUUCCAAGAAAAGCAUGCCUAGAAGUGUUUUAUUCCUCUUAUACCACAUCAAUUGGCUAAAGAUUACCUGAAUUACUUACUGUACUAUUUAUCUGUUUAAUGUUCAGUCUGUACAGGAUAUAGUUUUGUUUUUUUGUGAUUGUUGUGGCCAAAAUACGUGAUUUUGCUGUUGGGUUUUUUUUUGUUUGUUUGUUCUUCAAAAUUUGCAGUGCAUCUUGCAACUAGCUUUUUUUGCAAAAUAGUACUUGUAUUGAAAAUACAGUUGAACGACAUUGUUUUGCACGAUUUAUCGCAGUGAUGUUUGUUGGUAAAUGUGACGUCAUUGCGGUACUCAUGUUCAGCAUGCGUAAAUCGAAGAGGGCUCUGGCUGAACACGUAUUCUGAUGAAUCACAUGAUGCAUCUUGGCCCAAAUCUGUGGGAAAUCUGCGGUAAUUUUGAAAAAUUGCAAGCUCCUCAGAAUGUUGUGGAGAUUGCUUGUUUUAGCAUUCAUUUCUGCUAUUGCAAAAUCGCAAAAUCCUGCAGGGACGGAAUGUUGUGGAACCUCUGUGAAAACAAGUUCGCUUCUGUUUUCACUUGUGUUAUAACAGUUAAGAUCCAGCCUCUCUUCCCUUGUUGGAAAAAUGAAAGGAACAGUCUCACCUCUCUAGUGUCCAACUGACUGACAUUAGAGACUUCCUCACCACAGAAAACAUCACCAUAUCAACAAUUGGUUUUGUUAAGUAUCCACCUUACAAGUCCUUGUGCAAGUUACUAUAGAAAUUAAAAGGUUCAUUUAUUGACAUGCACAAGUACAACAUGCAGUGAAAUUCUUAUUUGCCCACAGCAACAUCACAACAAUGGGCACGUGCAUACAUUAUGUACAGUACCAGUCAAAAGUUUAGACACGCUCAUCUCCCCCUGUAAAACACACACAUUUUACAAUAAUAAUGAUAGUCAUCAAAACACUGGAAUAACACAAAUGGAAUUAUGGGAAUUAUGUUGUGAUAAACAACCCAAAUAAAUCAAAAUAAUUUAGUAUUUUAGCAUCUUCAAAGUAGACAUCCUUUUUGCCUAGGAUUUCCAGAAAUGUAUUCUUGGAAUUUUCUCAAACGAUUUCUUGAGUAAUCCCCCUGAGAUGCUUUUAAAACAGUAUUAAAGGAGUUCCCACCUACGCUGGACACUUAUUGGCCGCUUUUCAGAAUAUUUUACUCCAAAAGAAAUAUAUAUUUUUUUGUAAAUAAAAUUGUAGUUUUCUAAUGAAAGAAAUGAAUCUGUUGGCAUAAUUAUAUUUUUGUCUACAACACCUAUUUCAAACAUUUAAUCCUACACCGUCAGAUCAAAAGGUUUUUAAGAUCAUGAGAAACAUUUCAGUCAAGUGUCUCCAAACCUUUGACAUAAUUUCACAGUUGACAAAUUGCACAAUUGCUUAUUUGAAUUGUGAGAGUCUCAGAAUCAAGCGCUGAGACAGAAUGUAUCAAAAUUUGUAAUGUUACAAAAGCAGUGAUGAUAAUUUUUUUUUUUUAAGUACAAAGUUUGUGAGGAGUACCAUACAAUAUGAUUCAAGAAUUCAACGUUUCAGAACCUCUGAUAACAUCUUAAAAUCAGAGUUGAGUCUUAAGUUGCUCACAGUGUGUGGAGUCAUAAACCACAUGUUUUAGAGGUGGAUGGCAGGAUGUAUGAACUUUCUCUGAGGUUUCCAUGGCAGGAAUCACUGCACCUGAACAAGGUAAUCCUUGAUAUGUCUGUGACCAUAGACUGCAACCACUUGCUACUGGGUGAAGAAACUAUAAGAACCCUCACUGAAAAAUUUCCAGGCCUUGGUGUCCAUUACAGUAAACCUCAGAGGCACUGCACCUUAAAGGGACCCUACUCAGAGGUUAAUGAUGUUGUAUCUCACUUGAUAGAACUCCUUGAAGACUUUGAACAUCCAAGUGAAGAAAAUUUGUUCUUUGCACGUGAAAGUGAUAAAGUCCAUUCACAUCAUAAAGGAAAAGACAACCCUCCAGACCAAUCGAAUGGACUUCACUUUGGUGGAGCUGUUUCUUUACAUCAGGAAUCCAGGUAUCCAAGGCCAAAAGAGAACAGUUUAAAACUAUCAAAGGCACAAACACGCUCUGAUGAGAAGAUAAAAGACUGGGUAGAUGCAGUAGAUGCAGUAGAUGUGGAGGCUCUGUCUCUAAUCAUGGAGGCAGAUGUAUUUGCAUAUCUAUGCAGCAGAAGUGAGGAGUACCAGAGUAUAUUGCAAAACCAUGGCGUGCAUGUGGUUGAUGUCACGUCUGCAGGAGUCACCACACUGUACUUGCAAUCCAAUGCAAAAGUUGAGAUUGGGUCAGAAGCAGAAAAACAUAUGUACUAUGCCCGCAAGGAGCUGAGUCAGCUUUACCAGCAGGUAGAGGGUAAUUUGAGAAGAGCUCAGAUUCCUGUAAGUGCCCUUAACCUGUGUGGAGGACAAACUGAAGCAUUUAAGGACUUGGAGUCAUUACUGCCCAAAGUGCUGCUCAGCUCUGAUCAGACCCAUGUUUAUAUUGUAGGUGAGAGCAGUGAAGUUUCUCAGGCAAAACAGAUCCUCCUGUUUGGUUCACCUGAUGAGAACUUGAAAGCAAAGCAAGAAAUCUCACUUCCAUUAUCUCAGUCUUACUCUUACUCCCCAAUUUCUGAAUCAGAGACAAUGCAGAUAGCUGGAGCAAGUAGUGAAUCCAGUACAAUGACCCCUAAAAUGAGAAUCUCUGAUGCUGAGAAAAGAGUAAGGACUGGGGAGGAAUACAAACUGGCUGCUCGAUUUAAGAACUCUGACAUGGGCUUACUGGGGUUUGGCCCUGUAGAAAGAGGGAGAACUAGAGAGCGUCAAGAUUCAACCAAAGGCUUUAACACGUCAACAGUGGCAUCAAAUUCUGGACCAAUCCUAUCCACAAAUUCCUUUCUUGGUACAGCAGGUACAGUCAAUAGUGACCAGGCCACAGCUUCUCAGGUUAGUGCUUUCAAAGCCACUGGUGUAAAUAAUGUAGAAGAUGAUAUCUUGUUUCAGAAGAUAGAACCACUGUCCUUUACAUACACAUUGAAAAACAGUGGUCAGGUCUCAAACAAAGUUAGUAGAACAAGUUGUACCUCCAGAGUGACACCUGCAUUCAAAGCUCCACUCAGUACACCUGUGGAUGCCCUUACAGAGCUUGACAAACUGAGCAAGACUACAGGAUCUACAGAAGAAUCUACAACCACCUCUACUUCUUCCUUAAGAAGGGCAAAUAGUUUUUCAGGCCGGCCAUUACAAAAACAGGAGACACAAAAAACUGGGAUCAAUGAGAAAUCAUGUCUUGCCACACAUUCCUUUAGAAGAGCAAGAUCAGGUAGUCUAAAUAGUAGGAUGUCUGCAGAAGCACUUCCAAGCAGCACUAUAUCAAGGGCAGUCACUGUAUCUACAUUGAUGUGGCGUUAUAUAAAGGAGACAUAUCACGCCGAUCUAAAUGUUCUAAUCUCUGAUCUACAAGUGUCCGAGGAUCACGUAGACAAGUAUAAGACCAUGGUUAUUUUACAGGGAUCAGCUUCAUCCAAGGUUGAAGAAUGUCAGCAUGAGCUUCAGAAGCUAGUUGACGUGAUCAGUUCAGACUUUUGUGUUCAGAACCUUCAACUGGCAGAUCUUGGUGUGACUGAAGGCAGUGAUAUGUUCAAGGAAUGCUGCUCGAACAUAUGCUCACACUUCAGCAAAAUUGUACUGCAGCAUGUAAAGGAUACUGUUUUCCUGAUGGGGCCCAAAUCAUUGUGUUCUCAAGCCAACGAAAUGUUAAAAGAACUGUUUCCUAAUGGAUUUUCUAAUUCUGAAUCUUUGGGUAAUACCUUCACCCAUCAGGGAGGUAUAGAUCAAAGUCAUGCCAAUGCAUCAGCUAAACAGAUGCCAAUUAAAAGCGAUAAUCAGACUAGACCAAAUCAGAACAAAGCUAAUAGUGAGAGUCCUGCAAAAGGCAGACUUAAAGGAUACAGUAAAGGAGAGUCCAGGAACGCAUCUUAUAUGCAAUCACCAAAGCCAGUUGCCAAAGAGAUGCUUAAGAAGGCUUCAGAUUUGGAAAUAAGCAAGACUGGCUCAUUACCCAGCAAAUCUUCUGAGGCAAGUAGAGUGUUGUUGGGACCGAGGGAUGAAUGGCAGAAGCCUUCGUCACUCACAACACAGAAAAGACAAAAAGCAACUACACUGACUUUGAAACAGACCAACUUCCCAAUCAGUAAACAGUUGGAAUCCUGUGUGUGUGGAGAGAAUGGUACAGAAACAAGCUGUGGUAUUUUUCUAUGCUCCAACUGUAGACAACUCCAUACUCAGUGUAUGGUAUGCUCUAAAGUGAAUGCAGCCAAUAAGCCAUCAAAGGAAAUGCAAGUUCAUCCACUCAAAGAUGAGCAGAAUACAAAAGAGCUCAAAGGAAUAGAAGCUGGCACAAGACAAAAACAGGAACAAGGCAUUCAGGGCACCAUGAGGUGUAUGGAGUUGUCAGUGAGCCUGCCAGGCUACGAGCAAUUCAGAACAGCCAAGAUUACCUACUCCAUACCUGAUGGCAUCCAAGGAGAAGAACACCCUAACCCUGGGUUACCAUUCCAAGGAGGUCUAUUUGAGGCCUAUUUACCACUCAGUUUAAAGGGGCAAGGCUUACUGCAAUGCCUGGAGAAAGCAUUUAAGCAAGGUUUUACCUUUACUGUCUGCCCAAGUAACAAUACUGUAAGAGCACAAAUAACCUGGAGCAGAAUCCCGCAUAAGACCAAGAUCACAGGAGGGAAGAGUGGGAAUGGAUUUCCAGACUCCACAUAUCUUAAAGACUUGUCUGAGGCAUUGAGGACUUGUGGGAUUGAGGGUGCUGAAAUGUAAAUGAAGUGAUAUUUGGAUAUUUUGACUUCAAAAGCAACCCCAGUCCUAUUUUUUUUAUUUAUUUCAGAAUGUAGUCAAAUCAAUCACUAAUACAUAGUGUUGUAUGAAGAGAAAAUACUUAAUUGUGUAGCACCUGUGACAUUUAAAUUCUUGAAGAUUUUGCUUGUAAUAUUUGGUUCAUUAUUUCUCAUAGCCUUAAGUGUUUACUGAUCAAAGUAUUUUAUAGUAUUAUUUACAGCAUUGCAUAUAGUGUAUGAAUUAAAGCAAAAUUUAUAAAUAUUCAAAUCCUUUGUAUAACUGAAUUUUUUUUAAAGAACUUUUUUCCCUGCUACACACAUAAGAACAGAGAACUGUAGUUAUCCUGGUUAUUUUAAGAGUGGUCCAAUCAUAUUCUGCAGUAAACCAGGUUUUUUGACAUACAGAAAGAUAGUUUUGAAUCUCAACACCAUAAUCACACUACUGUCAAUAAAUUUUGCUUUGUUUAAAAAAAAAAAAAAGGAAAUCAUUUAGUGAUUUACAAACACUCACACAACUUUUAAAAGCAUAGCAUUUUCUUAUUCUUCUCACUUAUUUCCCCAGUCAAACUGUUUUGGUCAUCAAUUUAUUUUAUAUCCACAGUGCUUCAAGUGUCUUUCUUCUUUUUCUCAUCAUAGCACAGAUAUGAAGUUUAUUUCCUUCUGUUAAAGCACUCAUCUUUUUGGGCGUAGCUUAAAGCAUUGCUGGAACAUAACAGUGUCGGAAUGGUAUUUCCAUUUUAGUGUCAGCUUUCACGUCACCCAAUUCCACAGUAAAACUCUUAUGUGGUUACCUUUUUUUUUGUGCUUUGCAUUUAUGUACCUUCCCGAUGUUUCAAAAGACCUGUAAAACAGGUAGCACCACCUGUUCUAUAUACCACACCUCCUUAUUUGUUUUCUGCAUACCUAGCCACAUACUGUCCAACCAAUCCCAUCACACAAAAUAUAACCAGAAGGCUUCCUUAUUUUGCUCUUCGACAGAGACUUGUACUGACAUAUAUAAU